UCGCCACGCGCCGCUGCUAUUUAUUUACUACUCAACAAAUCAGUCAGCACCGAGGGUUCACGGGCGAUCGUCACGGGUCACGGCCCAGGUCAUUGAAGCGGAACGUCGCGGGUUCCUCGGUUUUACCUGGGAUCUUUACUACUACAUAAACAGACGAUCAACUACCAUGUCGGUCCAUCGCUGCGAAAUGAGAGAUGAAACUUAAAACCUAAUUAACCUGAAAAUUAGUAGAACUUGACGCUGUAACGACCAGAACGAAGAUGUCAACAGUUGUGCAUAUAUUUUCGAUCUUGGAUAAAUUGAGGUUGCUAUUUUUCUUCAUCUACUUUCCAUACUUUGUGUCCGCUAUUUGCCCGAAUGAUGUCCAGAACCGGGCAAAAGCUUGCUUCCGGGAGUACGACAUGAAGAUUGGGGGAAUCCUGCGCCCUGGGGAGUCCAUCAUAUCCGGAGUGGACGCCGAAAAUAUACGAGUACUCUGCACAGAGCUCAAAUCUGGCAUUGCCUGUAUCAACGAACUGAAAUCAAAUUGUCCACAGGACAAUGCAAUAAUCGAGGCGGAGCUUGUACAAAUCCCCCUGGCCAUUCACGAGCUCGGGAUGCUGUGUAGAGAUGAUUCUCUCUAUGAAGUUUAUGCAAGAAAUAGAAUUUGCUUUGAAAGGUCAGGGGCAGGCAAUGAGAAAUGCUUUAAAGAUGUCAUGAAUACUACGGUCCGAAUCAUAACAGACUUAGAUCGAACUUAUAUAAUAAAAUAUUGUAGUGAAGUAGACAGAUUGUUGAGUUGCAUUGGUAAAUCCUUAGAGGACCAACAGUGCGGCCCGGAAGCCAUAACAUUGAAGGAUAAACUAGCUCGGACUCUCAUACGGGGGAGCCAGGGCUGUGAUAAAGUUUCUAGUCAAAAGACCACCCCCUCUCCGUCCAAAAAAGCAGACUCUGCUAGCAAUAGUCAGCCAAAACGAACAGUUAUCUCAACACUAGUAGUUAUAUUUUCAUUAGUUCUUAGCUUUUCGUGACGCAAUGCCUGUGUGUGAGGAACGCCUGUCAGAAGCGGAAGUGACGUUAAAACGACGUUUACACGUGAUUACAUGUUUUGGCCCGUGGGACCAAAGACGUAGAAAAUUACCGAUGUGAAAGAAGAUGUUCGUGACUGCAGUAUGAAAUUUCAAAAUGUGAGAAAUCUGCUUUUUGGAUUCGACUGAAUUCGAUGCCUAAAGACGUUUGUAAACGCUGACAGCUGCGCAUGCGUAGCCAACAGGCCCCGGUGCUGGAUUGACACUGAUAUUGUACUUUGUUUUUCAUUUCCGUUGAUAGUAUUUCGUCUUUUUUUUUUAAA